CAGUGCUACCAAACUAGGGGUGUGUCAAAUGGCCUGCACAGCGAUAAUCCUGGUGGAUAUUUCUAUUUUUAACUCACUGUUCUCUACUCUGUCAACUUCCAGUCUGUGUUUGCUGUAGUAUAUUCAUUCAAGCCAGCAACUCAGUGGGGACUGAAUUUUACUGGUGGUGUCUUGUGUAACACUCCUGCAACAGUUUACAGGGUCUUAACACGGAACUGGAAUACAGCUGUGUGUAGAAGACCAAAAGGUGGUGAUGUCACAGAUAGUGUAAAGAAGGUGGACUUGCAAAUGACAUCAAGCUGCUUGACUUCAGCAAAAUAUCUGCGAACGGAAUUCAGAGAGAGGACCCAGGAUUGCAGACUUCACUGGCUGCUGUCAGGACCUUUUUGUUCAACUUCUGUGGUGUUGAAGGUGUAUGAAGGCUAAGGAAAGGAGACAAUGUCUAAUGAAGGUUAUUAUGGAGGUCAGACUUCCACAACAACCGUCAGUACAGUUGCAGUUCAGGCUGGAGAUUCAAGGAUAAUUAUAGCAAUAUUAAAGAGUGGAUCAUUGGUGCAAAUUCAGAUAGCGGAAUCAGAACCAAGUCUGCUGGAAAUUGGAAGCAAUCAAGAUGAGACCAAGAAGCUACUUACAGAACAUGAGCUACUGAUGACAAAACUCAAGAAACAUGAAACUGGUGUGUGGAGCUUGCUGGAGGAAGCUGACAAGAUAGCAGAAGGUAAUGAAGAUGAGAAAGAUGUAUAUGGUGCCAUGGCAAAAACGUUAAGUGAAGCUUGGAAGGCUCUGAUUGACCACUUGGAAAAGAGGAGAGCACUCUUGUAUCUGGCCUCAGAAUUCCUUGACAAGGCCUUGGAGUUUGCUAUAAAAAUAGAUGAAGCUGAAGAUUUCCAUUAUCACGCCAAGGAGUUUCACAAACCUGAGUGCUUGAAAGAGCUUCUGCAGAAACAGAAUUGCAUAAAAAAGGUUCUCUUAGAAAAAUCAAUGGCCCUUCUAAACAAAAGUCAAGAGCUUCUGGACUUCAUAAGAAAUUUUAAAGUGGAUGAAGCAGUGAUAAACCACGAUUUGUGUAAUGGGGCUUGUAGCAGCUGUCUGAAGGUGGAAAGUCUGAUGGAAAUGCUUCAGGACAGGAGAAGGCAGGUGGGGGAGCAGAUGAAACGGCAGCGCCUUGAUCUGGAGCAAAUUCUGCACAUCUGUCACUGGGACCAACAGGAACAGGAAGUUACUCAGUGGUUCAAGGAAAAUGCUGAAGAAUACUUAGAAAGAGAUCAGCUGGGUUCAACACUGUCAGAAAAUGAAGAUUUGCUUCAGGAAUACAGAGAAUUUGAAUUAAAAGCUAAGGAUUGGAGUUCAUCUGUUGUGAAGCUGAUAGCACAAGCCUCUGAAAUUCUCAUGGCAGAAAGCUAUACAGAAAAGGAGUUUGUGAUGCAUCGAAAUCAAAAACUUAAAGCACUUCAUGAAGAAUUCUGGCACCUAAUGAAGGAAAGGUGGGCACGCCUACAGGAAACCAAUGCUUUUUUUAUCAGUGCCAAUAAGGCUUUUGAAGUCCUCGGGAACAUUGAGAGUCACAUAAAGGGUCUAAAAUCACGGUGUCUGAGCUUGCCUGAGUUAGCCAAGAAGCAUGAAGAACUGCAAAGAAAUAUUAAAGAAACUGCAGCUGAAGCUCUACAAAGGGGACACGUCUUUCUGAACAAAACCAGUUUACAAAGCAUACAAGUCAAUGGAGUUAAGAAGAUGAUGGGAUAUAUCCAGGAGAGAGUGGAACAGCUCAGUGGUCAGUGCUAUGCUCACAAAGAACUCACAUCAAAGAGGCAGCAGCUUAUAACAUCUUUUGAAGACCUUGUAGAUAAGGUAUCUGGGUGGAUACAGAACUGCAGCAGUUAUCUUUCCAGCAGCUUGGAACCUGGGUUAGUCUUGUCAGAAUCUGAAGAUGUGUUAAACAAACACUUGGAAUUUUCAUCUCAGGCACAGGGCGUUGCAAACGAGUUGGAAGUAAUUGCAGAAAUCAUAAAGGAACUCAAAAUAUAUGAGUCUUCAGAAGUUACAGAACUUUCCAAUAAAGCAUGCUUACUGAAGGAAGAGCUGAAAACCCUCACAAGAAACAUAUGUGCGCGAACUGAAAACUUGAAAAGUUAUGUGACAUUCUUAAGAUCUGCAGAAGAGAUUGAUGAGCAAAUGCAAAGUUUACAAGAAUACUACAAGUUGAAGCCUACUGAAGAUAACAAUGAUGAAGACAGUAAUUCAGUGAAGGAAACAGCUGACUCAAAGUGGCAGUCUCUUUUGGAGAGGUUUCUUACUAUGCAGGACUUGGGAAACAAUUUCCUGACUUCAGCUGCAAUGGUCACUGAGAGCCUGAACCUAAAUGUCAGGACAGCCAUGACUGUUGUGGAAAACACAGUUGAGGACCUGAAUAAGAAGAAAGUUGCACUCACAGAUAUGUGGACCACUUGGCAGCUUCACGUUAACCAGAUGAAAUCUGUUAGAAAACAGUGGAAGAAAUUUAAAGAACAACUUAAAAAGACAGUCCAUGAUCUUAAAACUGUGGAAGAUGUACUAGCUCCAGCAUCCAAAGUUGAUCUGGGAAGUGAUCUUCAGGCUAUUAUGAAGCUACAGGAGAAUUUCAACCUUGCAAAACCACAAUUUCUGCAACUGAAUGCAGAGGUGGAAUACAUGGUGAAGAUUUCAGAGUUAUUAGCAUUAAAAGGAAUUCCAAUAAAGGAGAAAAAUGAAAAAGUCACAGAACUUCUUCAGUUGCAUCAGAGAGUGAAAGAUAAAACCAGGGAAUAUGAAGCAGUUCUUAACAUGGCUGUUAAAUUUCAUCAGCUAUUUGAUGAGUUGGGCAACCUCUUGACAUCAGAACCGGUGACUGCAUUCCACGACAUCAGCCAAGCCAAGAUCCAGCUCAGUCAGCACCAAGAGAGGCAGAACCACAUUCGACAUGUCUAUAAACUGGCUAUUGCCUUGGGGGUGGAUAUUUCCAAUACUGUGGAACAAUCGGCAACUCUAGGCUUUUCAGUGCACCAGUUACAAGAAAAGCUGAAGAAGCUGGAGUGUGGUAGUGUGAACUGGAGUUUAGAAGCUGACAAGUGCAAAGAAAACCUUCUGAGUAAUGUGCAUUACUGUGCAUUCAAGGAGGAGAUAAGUGAGAUGAAAGAGUCAUUUAAGGACCUGAAGAAGAAAUUCAAUAACUUGAAAUUUAAUUACAUGAAGAAAAACGACAAAUCAAGAAACUUAAAAGCAGUCCAAAACCAAAUCCAACAGAUUGAAAUAUAUUUAGAGAAAAUACAGACACUGAAAAAGAAAGUACAAAACUUUUCAUCAAAGGUUUCUACUAGUAUAGAAAAACAUCUCAGUGGAAGUGGUCCUAGAGAAAUUGAGGAAGCAAUAAAUGAACUUCAGAAACAGGUGAAUGAUUUUGACAAGACAGUGGAUGAAUACAAGCAGAACCUUGAUAUGUCUGUGCGACUACAACAAGCUAUGGAAGAGUAUCAGUUUUGGUGUGAUGAAGCAAGCGCCACCAUUGUGCGUGUUGGGAAAUAUUCUUCUGAGUGCAAGACCAAAGAAGCAGUGGGGAUCCUCUACAAGCAAUUUGAAAAAUUUGUCUGGCCUACUGUGCCUCAGCAAGAGGAAAGAAUUAAUCAAAUCACUGAGCUGGCUGUAAGAUUACAUGGUCCAGAAGAAGGAAAAAAGUUUAUUGAGAAAACUGUCACUAAGCACAAUGAAAUUUUGGAAUCUAUAAAAGAAUUAUGUAACAGUUUAAGGGAUCUUGAAGCCAAACUUCAGGUUGAGAUUUUAAGACAGCAAUCUGACACAAAUGAUGCUAAUAAUCAAGAAACAACAAACAAAUCUCUCUCCACAACAGGAAAAGCAGAAUCCAGUUUUACAGAUUCUACCGAAAUGGUGAAACUAAACAAAUGCCACAACAGGCCUGCUCUUUUUGAAAAGGAUGAUACUGAAAAUGAACAUGAUUUUAGAUUUGAAGAUGCCAUGUCAGUUCACAAUUCAAAUAUACAAACUGAAGUAAGCAACAGAAUGAGUCAAGAACUGUCCAAUAACAUCAGAGCUGAUGACAAACCUUUUACUCAAGAGUUUUUUUCUGAAAGGAGCAUGACUGAGGUGUCAGACAAAUCCACACCUGUAAAUGCUCUUUGUACACUGAAAAGGAAGGAGCGACUGCACACAACCUACUCCUGUGUGCAAACAUUUAAUCUCUCAAGCUCUCCUGUUGAAAGGGAGAGAAAGAUAAAUGUUCUGCAUCAGACCGGAAAUAGAGUUCAGACCACCCCAUCGCCAGUUUGCCCUGCUGCUCAUGACUCUUCAGACUUUGCACUCAUGCAAAGUAAAUUUCAGACAAAGGAAAAUAAGGACCUUGAUCACAGAAGUGAAGAUCACAAACAUCAGGCUUUUGUCUGUUUUCCAACAUCAUAUAUAGAUAUGCAGGUCAGGAAAAUGGAAAAUGUACUGCAAAGUGAGCUAUCACAUUCAAAGGAAGAUGAUUUUUUUUGCCAGGAUGCAACUGAUUUGUUUCCUCUCACUGCUGAGGGGAGCAUGCUUGAAGAGGGAGACGUACAGAAUGAAACCCUCACAGAGGAGUCCCUGUCCAUCGAUGAAUAUGAGUGCACAUCACCUGAUGAUAUUUCCUUACCCCCUCUCUCUGAGACACCUGAAUCCAACAUCAUCCACUCUGAAACAGAUCUUGAUGAUGGCUUUUGCCUCAGUUCUCACAGCUUGCAUGUCAGUCUGUGCAGCCAGCAACCACAUGCACACUCACAACUUGGCAAUAACACAUUGAGUAAUAGUUCUGAUUACUUAGCACCUGCUGCUCCUGGUGACGCUAUAAACCACCGGCAAGAAUGGUCUUCUGGUCAAUCUGAAAGCUACCCUUCUCCCACUGUGGGGCUGAAUCCUAAAUUUAGGUCUGAGUCCUCUUCUUUUGUUCGAAGCCCCUUGACAGUGUCUGCUCCCAGCAUUGUCUCCAGCACACUUUCUAGCAUAUUGAAAAACAAACCUGCCCAUGACUUGGUCAGUGGGACAGUAAGUGAAUGUCAAGAAACCCUUUAUGCUGUGCAUGAGAGUUUUACAGAGAUGCAAGAAUGUUUGCAUGAUGCCAAGCCAUGCAUGGGAAACUCUAGUAGAAUGCAUGCUUCACCUUCCCCAGUUACAACGGAUCUCCUGAACCAUAAAUCAGAUCACGACCCAGGUCUAUGCAAGCCGACAUCCAUUCGAGAAGAGAUCAGGCUUACAUCGGGGAACAGAGCCAUGAGCAGCUUAGCUGGCCAGGGCCCUAACUUCUCCAAACUGUUGUCUAAUGCUACAGUAAUGGAAGGCUCUCCUGUGACCUUGGAAGUAGAAGUAACUGGAUUUCCAGAGCCUACUUUAACCUGGUACAGGAAUGGACAGAAACUGACCAAUGAUGAACACACAGAACUUUCACAAAAAGAAGGCAAACACAGUUUGUUCAUUCAGAAGGUCACUGAUAACGAUGCUGGCCUCUAUGUUGUUCGGGCCACAAACUCUAGCAGUACUCUUUCUUCUAGUGCAAUCCUGCAAGUUAAAGUUUUAGGAGAAUCCCCCAAGUUCUUAUCUAAAAUUGAAGAUAAGAUUUUAUUUGUUGGCGAAGAUCUCUUUCUUGAGUGCACUGUAUCAGGAAGACCCAGACCUUCUGUCGUGUGGUUAAAAGAUCAUAUGAUUGUGGCUUCUGGAGAAAGUAGAGUUCAGCUUCAAAGGGAGACCCAUGUCCUGUUAAAGAAAGGAAUUGUUCUUUCAGAUUCUGGAAAAUAUUUAUGUGUUGCAAAAAAUGAAGUUGGGGAAGCUUGUUGUUCAGCAUGUGUGGUUGUCAGAGAAUACAACAAAGGAUCUGAGAAGUCCUGUGCUCUUAAUUCCAAAGCUGAAGGCCUUGAAGGAAAGAAGAAACAUUCGCUUUUAGAUGUGCACACUAAAGAAGCAUGUGAGCCUCGAGAUCAAAUGUCUGUAGAUGGAAAACAGACUUUUAAGUAAGCAGGAACUGCAUUGCAUUUGAGGUUUAUAUUACCUAGUUAUGUUAUCAUUUAAAAAGUAAACCCUGAAAAACAUAUUAUCCAUGAACUGACACACUCAGUAAGAAAUAUGUGUAUAAUACAUAGGGGAGGUUUAGUGAGGUGAGGAAAACAUAACCUCUUCAGAAAUAUAGGAUUUAUCAGAAUGGAUUUUUGUUUUGUUAAAUCACGUGAAAUAUGCAUCUCUUCUUUAAUAAACUUCAAUUCUUCAUUA